GCUUUAGUAAACCGAAGACCAGAGAGCACAACUUUCCCACGGUCACGCCGGGCCUGCAAAAGCGAAGGCGGGGGCUGCGCGGGGUCAGGGCGGGGCGCCGCCCACGCACGACUCGGCGGGAACUGGCAGAGGCUGGGUGCGUAGAGCUAGAGGCGGCGGAGAGCUGAGACCCAGGCCGCCAACUCCCGGCUGCGGGCGCAGCUCGAGCGCUUUCCGCGGGGUUUGGCUCCUGUCGCUUCCCGUCUCGUCUAACCAGCAUCGCCACCGCUGGAGCCGCCGCCGCAAGUCCUCGGAGCCGGGCAGCGGGCGGCCGGGCGCACCGGGAUCGGGCGCGGAGAGGGCGGCUCCGGUACGCCGACGCAGAUGAAGAGAAGUAAAGAAUUGAUAACUAAAAAUCAUAAUCAAGAAGAAAUAAGUAUUCUUCGUUGUUGGAAAUGUAGAAAAUGUAUAGCAAGUUCUGAUUGUUUCAUGGAAUAUCUUGAGGAUCAAGUGAUUAAGGAUAGAAAUGAUUCAGCUGAUGAUCAAAACAUUUGUCAUGUGUGGCAUAUGAAUAUAGAAGCCCUUCCAGAAUGGAUUACCUGCCUAAUCCAAAAAGCCCAAUGGACAGUUGGAAAACUGAAUUGCCCUUUCUGUGGGGCCCGUUUAGGGGGCUUUAAUUUUGUCAGCACUCCAAAAUGUUCCUGUGGCCAGCUUGCAGCUGUACAUCUCUCCAAGAGCCGGACUGAUUAUCAGCCAACACGGGCAGACCAACUAAUGAGACCAUCGCUGAAAUAUUUGUCACAUCCUAGAGUUCAAUCAGGUUGUGACAAGGAAACUCUGCUGACAGGUGGCACCUCCAAAAACAGAAAUCACAGGCUUUUAAACAUGGCCCAAAAUAAUAAUGGUCCUGGAAGAUUAACAGAAGCACUCUGCCUGGAGGCACGGUCAACAUAUUUUGAGAUGAAGAAAGAAAAACUGCUCUUCAAUGCAUCAGAUCCAAAAUAUCGUCUUUUUGUUCCACAGCUUGUGAGUGGCAGAUGCACUACGAGAGCUUUUCAUAGAAAAUCCCAUAGUUUGGAUCUGAACAUCAGUGAGAGACUGACUUUAUUACCCACUUUAUAUGAAAUACAUCGUAAGAGUACCGCCUAUCCCAGGCUAAAUGAAACGCAGCCUAUUGACCUUUCAGGCUUGCCUUUAGAAUCUAGUAAAAAUAACUGUUCCUUUCAGAUUUCAUCCAGUUUUGAUCCUAAUAUGCUGCUUCAAAGAUUUUCAGUGGCUCCCAGUGAGACCCAGACACAAAGAGGAGAAUUUCAGUGUGGUCUAGAAGCUUCCACAGUCUACACUGACCAUGCUGGUUCUAACAGCCUGACUUUUCUGGUGGACCUGCCCUCAGCUGGCAGAAGCAUGCUGGAAGCCUCGGACCAGGAAGAGCACCUCUCACCUCUGGACUUCCUGCACUCGGGCAGUUUUUCACUGGGUGCCAUUAAUCAGAGGCUCAGUAAGAGAGAAAGGAGCAAGCUGAAGAAUCUCAGACGGAAACAACGAAGGCAUGAAAGAUGGCUGCAGAAGCAGACUUUGGAUAAUGACAUGAGUACAGAUGAUGACAAUGAAUAUGCAGAAGAAAAGGAAAGCUACAUCUGUGCAGUAUGCCUGGAUAUUUAUUUCAACCCCUACAUGUGUUACCCUUGCCACCACAUCUUCUGUGAGCCCUGCUUACGGACUCUUGCCAAAGACAAUCCUGCAAGCACUCCCUGCCCAUUGUGUCGGACGAUUAUUUCCAGAGUCUUUUUCCAGACAGAACUGAACAAUGCUACAAAAACAUUCUUUACUAAAGAAUAUUUGAAAAGAAAACAAAGCUUUCAGAAAUCCAGCUCUGCAAAGUGGCCCCUUCCAAGCUGCAGAAAAGCAUUCCAUCUUUUUGGAGGUUUCCACAGACAUGCAGCUCCAGUUACAAGGCGGCAGUUUCCACAUGGUGCCCACAGGAUGGAUUAUCUGCACUUUGAGGAUGAUAGCCGUGGAUGGUGGUUUGACAUGGAUAUGGUGAUCAUCUAUAUUUAUUCAGUGAACUGGGUUAUUGGAUUCAUUGUUUUCUGCUUUCUUUGCUACUUUUUCUUUCCAUUUUAGGAAUUUUCAUACCUUACUACCAUUGAACAAUCAUAAGGGAUGUAGAAAACAAUUACUUAAACAUUUUUAAAAUGUGCUUUGCAGUUUUUAUAUUGUUGCAUUAUAUAAAUUGUUGGUGUUUAUAGAAAAUCUGAGGAUAAUGAACUUAUUUAUGAAUGUUUUUCAUGUAACAAACUCAACUUUAUUCAAGAGCUAAUCUAUUUAGCACUUAGCAACAAGGCACUAUUAAUUUCAUAUUUCUUAGUUUGGUAUUUGUGGCUCAAACUUAAAAUGUCACUUUUACAGUUAUCUUUGUAAAGACUGAAGUUUUCCCUCUACUUAAAAAUAUAAAAUGAAAUGAUAAUCUAAGUAGAUAAUGUCUUUAAUGAUCAAAUAUUAAAUCAAUUACCAUUUCUUCUCAGGCAAAUUGUAUACAUUAAAGAUAAACUAUAUUCUCUGGGAUCUAAUCUAGCAGGGUAUAUUCAGCUUUUGUUUCCAAUUAUUCUAUGACCAAGAAAGUGGAUGUCCUUUUUUUUUCUUUUUACAGAUCUAAUAACAGCAUUAGUGCAACAGUUUAAACUAUUGCAAGAAUAAAAUAGUAAAUGCAAAAAAGAACAAAACAAAACUAAGACUAAUUCCCACCACAAGACACUUAGAAAAAUAUAAAACUUUUCGAAUUGCAGGAUCAUUCACCAGAAGAAAUAAAAAAUUUACUGACUUUCAGUAGCCUAAAAGAGCAAUGCAUGUCCAAAAUAAUUAAUUUAGUGAUUCUUUUAACUUGGAGGUUGUCAAAUAUAUUGUAAAUGUGCAAUAAAG